GACAGCUGCAGACAUGGCCGCCCCCGGAGGCGGAGGCGGAGGCGGAGGCGCGGCCGGAGGCGGCGGCGCCGUGGCCAGGGGCGGCGGCACGCUGCUCUUCCUGCUGCUGCUGGCGCUGCGAACAGACUCGCGGCCGGCGGACGAGGCGGAGGUGGAGGACGUGAGCAGCGGCCUGCGCGGUCCCUACUUCGACACCUCGGCGUCUCGCAACGUGACUGCGCUGGUCGGGAAGACGGCCUACCUCAAUUGCCGCGUGCGCAAUCUGGGCAACCGGACGGUGACGUGGAUUCGGCACCGUGACAUCCACCUGCUGACCGUGGGCCGGUACACGUACACGAGCGACCAGCGCUUCCAAUCGCUGCACUCACCGCAGACGGAGGACUGGAUGCUGCAGAUCCGCUACCCACAGCGCAGGGACUCUGGCGUGUACGAGUGUCAGGUCAGCACGACGCCGCCCAUCGGACACUCCAUGUACCUCUCCGUCGUGGAGCCCGUGACGACGAUCGUGGGCGAGCCGGACAUGUACAUCUACAAGGGCAGCACCAUCAACCUGACGUGCAUCGUCAAGCACAGUCCGGAGCCGCCACCAGCCAUCGUCUGGACGCACAACACACAGGAGAUCAACUACGACUCGCCGAGGGGCGGCGUGUCUGUGAUCACAGAGAAAGGUGACGUCACGACCAGCUACCUGCUGAUCCAGCGCGCCGACUCCCCGGACUCGGGGAAGUACACCUGCCAUCCUUCCAACGCCAACCUCAAGACUGUUGUCGUUCAUGUGCUCAACGGGGAACACCCGGCAGCCAUGCAGCACGGCGGCCAGCGGGGGCUCCACUCGGGUCCGGCCGCGUCGACGCUGGCGGCGGGCGGCGCCCUCCUGCUGCUGCUGGCCUGCAGCUGAGUGGUCCAACCAUUGGAACACCUGCUGCGCGCCACCGCGGGCGCUGCCGCCGCCUGGGGCGCCGCCGGACUCGCCUCGGCAACACCGCUGUGGACACUCCCCACUGGCGCAGUCUGGCCAACCUCUUUCUGUACGUUCUACUCGGUGGGAGACGUUUUAUUGUGUGGUGAGGGUACAGGGUCACCUGUUGACUGUGGAAUAGAUUUGGCCUAGGUGACAGUGCCAUUCAGGCGACUCGUCUCUGUAAAUACACGUAUCUUUGGGAAGCUCUUUGUUAUGAACGGUAACCAGACCGCAGACCGGAGUAGUUGCUUGAUCGUCAUUGCAUCGUGUUAACACUUACAGUGACCGAACAGCGUUUCACUGAUGGGCAACUUACACCACUGUAGGUAUAUACCUGUCAAUCAGUGAGUAUGUGUCAGAGAGUCGAGUGAAGUUAUCCGUAGGAGACUGUCGCGCUCUUCGUUUCGAGUGAACCGAUUCAUCGUGUUUCAGCGUACCUUUUUGGUGUCAUCACAAGGACGACUAUAAUUUCAAAUCAUUGUGAAUGUUGGACUGUUGUGUUUUUCAAAUUAUUCGUGGAUGUAAUAUAUCUCUAUUGUGAAAUAGUUUUAAUACAAUACCUGACAACUAAUUUAAUGUUAUUCUCCUUUAAAUUAUACGAUGAGUUGGUAUUUAUGAGUCUAUAACAUCGAAUUCAAUGAAAACCAUUCCAGUAGCAUUAUCGAUGGAUGUUGUCAUUGGAUUAUAUAACAGUACUUGCCAAAGUAUUUUCUGAAAAACGAAA